ACAAAAGGAAAAAGAAAAAAAAAAAAAAUCAAUCCUCUGAGUCUGACUCUGCUCUACACUCUCUCCCCUCCCUCACCAGACAGGACGGGCAGACAGACACCUCAUUCACACAUAAACUCUACACUCUCAAAUCCUCAGAGGAAAAGAAUGGCCAAAUUCACCAUUUCCCAUUUUUCCCUUUCCAUUCUCUCCUACCUGUUUCUCUCCCCGUCUUCCCUCAUUGUCGCUCUCGACAUCACAACCCUUCUCUCUGCUUACCCUGAUCUCUCAGACUUCAACAACCUCCUCACUACCACUUCCGUCGCCCAAGAUCUGACCGACCGGUCAUCUCUCACUCUCCUCGCCGUCCCCAACCACUUCCUUAGCUCCUCAUCCGAUCUGACUCGUAGAUCCUCUCCCGCUAACCUUGCCGAUGUUAUACGGUACCACGUCCUCCUCCAGUACCUCUCCUGGCCGGAUUUCCGCCAGAUUCCCCCCUCCGGGAAGCUUGUCACGACGCUCUACCAAACCACCGGCCGGGCAACCAACAACUUUGGCGCCGUUAACAUCACGCGUAACCCCCUUGACGGCACCGUCUACAUCCGCUCUCCUGUCGCUUACUCUCCGUUAAAUGCCACCAUCCUCUCUCUGAUCAAGACCCUUCCUUACAAUGUCAGCAUCUUUUCCAUUAAUACCCUCCUUGUCCCUUAUGGAUUCAAUUUAAUGGCAUCGGAAAAUCGGCCACCGCCUGGGCUGAACAUCACUAGGGUUUUGAUCGACGGGCAUAAUUUUAAUGUCGCGGCGUCGAUGCUAACAGCGUCGGGCGUGGCAGAGGAAUUCGAGGCGGAUGAAGGUGGGGCGGGUAUAACGAUGUUCAUUCCAACUGACGAUGCGUUUGCUGAUCUUUCGACCACGGAGAGGUUACAGUCCUUGCCGGCCGAGAGAAAAGCCGUCGUCUUGAAGUUCCACGUUCUGCAUUCUUACUAUCCGUUGGGUUCUCUUGAGUCGAUUGUUAAUCCUGUUCAGCCGACUUUGGCGACGGAAGCCAUGGGUGCCGGGACAUUCACAUUGAAUAUUACGAGGGUUAAUGGGUCCGUUGCGAUUGACACGGGCAUCGUUCAAGCGUCCAUAACCCAGACUGUUUUUGAUCAGAAUCCAGUUUCUAUUUUUGCUGUUUCGAGGGUUUUGUUGCCGAGGGAGAUUUUUGGGAAGCAAAUCCUUGGGUCGACGAGGUAUGGCUCUGCUAAUGCAAGGGUUGGGUCUCCGCCUCCGGAGAUUUCCUUCUCUCCAGAGAAUUCACCCGGUCUUGAGAGCCCAUCGACGCAUCCGGGUUUUAGCCAGGAGUUCCGAUCGAGUGUAGCCGUUACCGGCGUACGCAGCACCGUCGUUGUUGUUGCUGUUGCUCUGUCUUGUAUACCAUUGUACUUGGUGUAAGGACUGAAGAAAAAGAUGACACCUUUGAAUUCGAGUCUUUUUUACUUUUUCUUUCACAUUUGGGAGGUUCGGUUCGUUUCAACCAUGGAACCUACGGGCUACAGCUCAGAGGCGAGAGCAGAAUAGACAAUGUGUAUCGAAAUACGAUCGAAGGAGAAAAGCAGACGAUCGAAAAUGUUGGGAAAGGAGAACUUAUUGGAGAAUAUGACGGAAUUGCCCCUCAAUCAAAGGAAAAGCUCCUGUUUCCCUUAUUUCCGUGGAGAAGGAGAUGAUGAAGAAGAAAAAGAGGUGGAGAGUUGUGAGCGGGAGACCACCCACACGCACGCACGGACACCGGGACACACACAAAGGAAUGAAAUUCUUUCUAGCAGAGUAUUGUCGCUAACGUGCGUAGUGCAGUGCAGAAGAGAUGAAGUCUUUUGUUUUAAUUAUAAUUUUGGGUAAAUUAUAAAGACCCUCUGAACUUUCUUUUUGCGACAAAGUCCCCCUGUAGUAUUUUUUGCGACAAAGACCCUCUGAACUUUAACCUUUAGACAAUAUUUUGGGUAAAAUAUUGCAACGGCAGACUUCAAUGGAAGGGGUUUUUGUCUCACGCUCAUAGUACUGGGAGGUCUUUGUCGCAAAACAAACAAAGUUCAGGGAGGUAUUUGUCACAAACCCUUAGUAUAGGGGGGGGGGUGUUUGUCAUUUACUCUAAGAGAAAGUUAGAAAAAGAAAAUAUUACUUUAAA